GACCGUUUGAUUGUACUUCACGUAGAAGCCACUUGUGAUGAAAAUCCCACUAAUCCAGCAGCAGUUCAAGUGACAAAAGAGAAUUCAGAAAUAAUUGAGCUCUCCUUUGUCGUGCUUGAUGCUCAUACUUUGGAAACAUUACAUUCAAGACAGAUUUAUGUUAAGCCUGAGCGUACACCAUUAACGAGCUUUUGUACAGAAGUUACGGGUAUUCGAUGGAGCUCAUUAGAAUCUGCUGGCACGUUAAAGAAUGCUAUUGAUGAAUUGGACAAUUAUAUAAAGACAAAUAUUGAGGAACAAAAGAAGAGUUUUUGCUUUGUCACCCAUGGCGGUUGGGUUCUUCGUAUUCAGCUACCUCGUGAAAGUCGUGAUAAGGAUGUAGAAUUACCACCCUAUUUAGCAUAUUGCCGCAUGUUUGAUUUGAAGCAAGAGAUUCAACGUUGGCAAGUUCAUCAUCCAGAAGUCAGCUUCCGCUCUACCUCUUUACGUGAUUUAUGUGAUUUAUUCAAAUUAAACCGCGUCAGAGAUCAAACAGUUGGGCUUAAUGCAUGCUUUACAACAAUUAACAUCAUUCGCUAUCUGACUAGUUUUCGUCACCCAGAUGUAUUUGUACAUCCUAUCGAUACCAAUGCAGACCUGAAGCAGUUUAAAAAAGAGGAAUCUUUGGUGAUCCAUUUAGCUGGAUUACCUUAUGAAGUAACUCAAGGUGAAUUAGAAGCCUGGUUCUCCUCUAAUGGACUUAGACCUACAACAAUGUGGAUGAUUCAACCAGGAGACCAUUCUAAACCUAGCAUAUCUGGAUUUGUUGUCUUUCAGUCACAUGCAGAUGCUAUGCGAGCACUUGCUCUAAAUGGACGUUGUUUAGGUGAUAGACCAAUUGAGGUAUGUCCAAGUUCGUCUAGGGUGGUGGAUGCUGCGGGUAAUAUGUUGGUCUCUUUCCCCUUACAAGCUAAAAGUAGACAUUUACGACCAGGUGAUUGGAACUGUUCAAACUGUGGAUUUCACAAUUUUGCCUCAAGACGCUAUUGUUUCAAGUGUAACUUUGAAAACCCCUCUCCUUCGCCUCAUGCGGGAACUUAUUAUUCAUCACACUAUGCUCCUCCUCCUUCUGCAGGUGGCCCUGCUGCUACUGGCCCUAGUGGCUACGGCGGCUAUACGGGUGGUCGUCCUCAUCAUCAUAUCACCUUUAGACCAGGCGAUUGGUACUGUCCAAACCCUGCCUGUGGGUUCCAAAAUUUUGCAUCUCGUCAAAGUUGCUUUAGAUGC